AUGUUACAUGAGAUUUGUAGAAACUGCAAAUUCACUAUAGAAGAUGAGGAAUUCGAUAUUGACCUCAUACCUAUGGUUUUGGGGGAAUUUAAAAUGAUUGUGGGAAUGGAUUGGUUGGCACGACACCAUGUGGAGAUUAAUUGUGACAAUAAGAUAAUGCUCGUCCAAGCUCCAAGUGGAAGACAAUUGAGUAUUCAAGGAGAGAGAAACGUAGAAACCAAGUUGUGCACCUUGGUCCAAGCUUUUAAAUACGUACUUAAUGGGAGUAGAGCAUACCUAGCUUAUGUAGUAGAUGCCCGACAAACCCUCCCAAAGCUUGAAGACGUUGAGAUCAUGAAUGAAUUUCCGGAUGUAUUCCCGGAAGAAUUGCCGGGACUCCCACCCGAGAGAGAAAUAGAAUUUCGCAUCGAAGUAAAUCCAGAUGCGAAACCCGUUGCGAAGGCUCCCUAUAGACUUGCUCCCACCGAGAUGCGGGAAUUAAUGACACAAUUACAAGAUCUUUCAGAUAAGGGCUUUAUACGCCCAAAUGAUAUUCUAGUUUAUUCGCGAAGCAAAGACGAACAUGCAAUGCACUUGCGUGAAGUACUUGAAGUUCUUCGUAAGGAGAAACUCUACGCAAAAUUCUCAAAAUGCGCCUUUUGGCUCAGAGAAGUGCAGUUUCUGGGGCAUGUGAUCAAUUCGGAGGGUGUUUUAGUUGAUCCUUCAAAGAUUGAUGCUGCAAAUGUGGUGGCCGAUGCGUUAAGCCGAAAAGAAUAUCCACCUCCCAUCCAAGUGAAGUCCAUGAAGAUGAUUGUUACGCCACGUUUAAUUGAUAUGAUAAGAAAUUCCCAAAUAAAGGCUCUUGGAGCGGAAGAUUUAAAGAAAGAAAGACUAAAAAGUGUGGUCGAUAAGCUAGAAGAGAAUUCGACCGGAUUCAAGAUUGAAUUGGUUAGAGCUCGACUGAAGGCAGCCCAGGACCGACAAAAAGCUUAUGCAGACAAAAGGAGGCGUCCUAUCGAAUUUCAGGUCGGAGAUUAUGUUCUAUUGAAAGUGUCACCAUGGAAAGGCAUAAUCCGUUUCCGCAAACGGGGAAAGUUAGGCCCACGGUAUAUUGGACCAUUUAAGAUCUUAGCUCGAGUAGGAAAAGUUGCAUAUCGAUUAGAAUUACCGCCUUCCAUAGACGGGAUUCACAAUACCUUCCACGUGUCGCAAUUAGGAAAGUGUCUUGCGGAUAAGACAUCAUUAGUACCUCUCGAUGACAUCGAGUUGGACGAGGGGUUGAACUAUGUCGAAAGACCCAUAGCCAUUAAAGACUUCAAGGUGAAAAGUCUCCGCAACAAAGCUGUUCGGCAAGUGUUGGUACAAUGGCGGCACCGAAAGGGGUCAGAACUCACGUGGGAAACGGAAGAUGAGAUGAGGAAGCACUAUCCAUUUCUUUUUGAUUUGGUUAAUCAUAUCUAA